UUUAAAAUCUCAUUAGAAUUUAUGAAUGUCUAUGAGCUUCAACUUUCAAAUAAAUAGACGAGCCCGACUGUCUAGUAUCACAAAAAAAAAAAGUAUAACAGUUUAAUUGUCAGUGUUUGCACAAUUACUCGCAACAAGCCAACAAUGAAUUCUGAAGAAAAUAUUGUUAUCUCUGGAGUUGCUGGAAGAUUUCCAGAGUCAGAUAAUGUCAAAGAACUUGAAAAAAAUCUUUUCAAUAAAAUUGACAUGGUGACUGAAGAUACACGUCGCUUUAAAAAUGAUAAUCCUGAGUUACCAAAAAGAAUGGGAAAAAUAAAUAACAUCAAUAAAUUUGAUGCAUUAUUUUUUGGUAUAAAUCCAAAUCAGGCUAAUGCAAUGGAUCCAAUGAGCAGAAUGUUGAUGGAACAUGCAUACGAAGCAAUUGUUGAUGCUGGUAUUAAUCCAUCUACAUUAAAAGGCAGUAAAACUGGUGUUUUUAUUGCAGCAUGUUUUUCAGAAACUGAAAAAAUAUGUCUCUAUGAAAAAAAAUGGGCUAAUAAUGGAUAUGGAAUAACUGGUUGUAGCAAAGCUAUGUAUGCAAAUCGUUUGUCAUAUUGGCUUGGACUUACUGGACCAAGUUAUACAGUUGAUUCAGCAUGUAGUUCAAGUAUUGUUGCUAUUGAAAAUGCAUAUAGAUCAAUUAAAAGUGGUCAGUGUGAUGCAGCAUUAGUUGGUGCUGCUAAUUUAUGUCUUCAUCCAAGUUUAUCAUAUCAAUAUACUAAAUUAGGUGCUCUUAGUCCUGAUGGUUAUUGUAAAACUUUUGAUGCUGAUGCAAAUGGCUUUGUUCGUGCUGAAGCAGUUGGCAUUAUUUAUUUACAAAAAUUAAAAAAUGCAAAACGUGUAUAUGGCACUAUUGUUAAUUGCAAAACAAAUUGUGAUGGAUAUAAAGAACAAGGUAUAACAUUACCUUCAAGUUUAAUGCACAGUAAUCUCAUUCGUGAAUUGUAUGAUGAAUGUAAAGUAUCACCAAAUGAUGUUAAAUAUAUGGAAGCACAUGGAACAGGCACUAAAAUUGGUGAUCCUCAAGAAAUUAUGGCUAUUGAUAUUGGAUUAUGUAGUAAUAGAAAAGAACCACUUAUUGUUGGUUCAAUAAAAACAAAUUUAGGACAUGCUGAAUCAGCAAGUGGAAUUGUAUCAGUUACUAAAAUUAUAAUUGCCAAUGAAACUGGUAAAAUACCACCAAAUUUACAUUUUAAUAAAGCAAAAAAAGGCUUAAAAGCUAUUGAAGAAGGUCGUAUUAGAAUUAUCACUGAAGCUGAAAAUUGGAAUGGUGGUUAUGCAGGUGUAAGUGGUCUAGGAUUUGGUGGAUCAAAUGCACAUUGUCUUAUUAAAUCAAAUGAUAAAGAAAAAAUUAAUAAUGCUUUACCAAAUGAUGAUCUUCCAAGACUUGUUAUGGUAUCUGGAAGAACUGAAUAUGCUGUUAAAUAUAUACUUGAUGAUAUUGAAAAUCGUCCAAUUGAUGUUGAAUUUAUUAAACUUCUUCAUGACAUUCAUGCUGAUCGUAUUGAUGGUCAUUUAUAUGGUGGCUAUACUAUUUUGAAUACAAUAAAUUCAAUAGAAAAAACACUUCAGUCAAAUUGUGAAAAAGUUAUUAGUAGAAAAAUUGACAUUUUACCACAAAAAAAACAUUCAGUUUGGUUUGUUUUCUCAGGCAUGGGAUCUCAAUGGCCAACAAUGGGAAAAUCAUUUCUUUUGACAAUAUUUACUGAAGCAAUACGUAAAUGUUAA